AUGGAAUCAGAGGCUUUUGGCUGCGAAGAAAUGAAUGCGCCGUCUGAAGAAACGGCACUGAAACUUACGGAGCUCGUUAGGGAGCUGAAGGAAUCAAAAUCGAAUGUCGAACAAUCCAAGCAGACGAUAAGUAGACUAGAUCUUGAGCGAAACAAACGUAUCAAAUGCCAGGAAGAAUUGGAAAUGCUUCAGAGAGAACGCGAAAAUGAACAGAAGACCCACGCUUUCCAGAUUGACAUCCUCGAGAAAGAAAGGAAGCAUUUUCAGAAAUUAGUUGUGACGAAAGAUAAUGAAAUCGGUCUACUGCGGGGCGAUAUGGAAAAACUUAAGGAACUUUUGAAUAAUGCGCAGAUGGACAAUUGCAAUCAGACGGCGAAAAUUCGUGAAACGGACAGGAAAUCUGCCGCACUUGAGGCGAAGGUAUCGGUAUUGACUCAAGGCAACAAGUUGAUGGAGGAAGAAAAGGAGUGGUUAAGCAGCAGAUGUUCCGAAUACCAUAGCACGAUAUUGGAAUUAAGGAAGUUGAAUAACGAAAUGGAAUUAAAGCACAAACUCUUCAUGAACACAAAAAAUGCAGAAUUGGAUUCAGUGAAGGAAGAACAGGAAGCACUGAACGAUCAAAUUAAAAAACUCACCGCCCACUCACACCAGUUGAACGAAAAGUUGAAAGCGGUGAUCGACGAAAAGAUCGUGUGCGAGCAAACUCUAGAAGCCCAGUUGGCGCAUCAACGCCAGCUUACUGAUAACUAUAAGGAGUCCAGCGAAAGCUACAGUGCAAAACUCAUGGAACUUGGUCGUAGAACGCAGCAGCUGCAAGACUUGCUUGAGGCUGCUAAAAAAGAUCUGUUUUCCCCUUCUAACUCGGCAGAGCCGCCUCUGAGUGCUUCACCUGUCAGUUCGGCUUUGACAGCGGGAUACAGCAUAAGCGAAGUAAUCACACGAUAUAAAAAGGUCGUUCAAACACUUCAAGCGACGUUGGUAGAAAAUCGCCACCUGCGUCGUGACUUGAACGAACUCGCCGAGCAUGUGGAGCAGAAGCAGAUGCCGAUGUACGAGGAGCUGAAAAUGAAGUACCAAGAUGUCCUGAGGGCUAACCAAGCACUCACAGACCAAAUGAAGACUGUAGAAGAUUCUGAAAGAAAGUUUUCAGAGGAAAAAGACCAAAUCUGCAGAGAAAGGAACUUUGCGCAGCUUACACUGGAGCGGUUCAGGCGCGAUAACGCCGACCUUUCCAGUCAGGUGAAAGUGUUGCUCAAAACGAUUGAACUGCUUCGCUCAGGCUACCAGGAGCCGUCUGAUGACCCGUCAUCGUCUGAAAAUGAUACAGAUAUGACUUUCAGAAAUAUCGAUGAACUACAGGAGGUAAACCAGCGUCUUAUGUCGACGUUGAAGGAGGAAGAGGCGAAACGGGAUGAACUGAUUGCAAGUGCAAAGAAUGAGGUGACCAAUGAAAUGAAAGCUCAACUGAAUAGUGUUUUGAAAGAUUUUGCUGAACUCCAAGAACAGCAUGAAAAUGUCAUAUUGAAAUUGAAAACCAACGAGAAGGAACUCGAGAAGUACGAAAAGAUGUGCAAAGAAGCCGGACGACCAGAACGGUUUGACGACGGUAUUAACGUGGCAGUCCAUAAAGAUGAAGAAUUGGACACGAGAAACAACGAAGUGCCCGAGGAAGUUGCUCGGCACGUCGGUGUUGAACGCGUAGAUUUCGAAGCAUACAAACAGCAAUGCGCCGAAGCAAUC